UGAUUCAGUAGUCCACCUGUUGCCCCUUGCGGUACCAUGGGUGCAUAUAAAACUCCCCCGUCGAUGGCGGCGAGGCUCGGUAUCUCUGAGGUUGCUUUCAUCUCUUUGCCUGCGAACAGAAAAUCCCAUCUUUUUCCUCCAUGGCGAUAUCAUCCCUACUGUUCUACCAACCCCCCUCUCCACCUUCCGGGGAUGUCAUUACCCAGAGACAGAGCAGAUCAUGCAGAGGGCAUAUAGUUAAACCCUACUGUUGCCUCAGAACUGAGGUAACCACCAGACCGAAGUCUCUCUCCAAGGACUACAAGCUUUCAUGGACGGAAGAGCUGAGCAGAGCAUACGGACACCACCAGCUCCCAAGUAUCAACUGGGACAAGUUCGAGGACAUUGACGAUGAUAUCUUUCAGGAUUUGGUGGACAAGAGGUGCGUGGACAAUAUUAGGAUGCUGAUAGUGGAUUCGGUGCAGAAUGCCAAGGCCGGUCACCCUGGAAUGGCCCUCGGGAUGGCCGAGGUCGGGUAUGUGUUAUAUAGGCACGCUAUGAAGUAUAACCAGAGAAACCCGGAUUGGAUUAACAGGGACAGGUUUGUCCUGAGCGCGGGGCAUGGGUGUCUGCUUCAGUAUGUAUGCCUCCAUCUUGCUGGUUUUGACUCUGUUCAGAUACAAGACUUACAGCGUCUCUGCAAGCUUGGCAGUCGGACUCCUGGUCACCCUGAGAAUAUAGUGACCAGAGGAAUUGAAGUAACUACUGGCCCCCUUGGACAGGGUGUAGCUAAUGCCGUAGGCAUCGCAUUGGCCGAAGCCCACUUAGCAGCUCGAUAUAACAAACCCGAUGCAGUAAUCUUUGACCAUCGGACAUAUUGCAUAAUGGGAGAUGGAUGCGCAAUGGAAGGAAUAGCCCAUGAGGCCGCUUCUUUGGCUGCUCACUGGAAGCUCCACAAGCUCACCUUAAUUUAUGAUGACAAUCAUAACACCAUCGAUGGACCUACUUCAUUGGCUUUCUCCGAAGAUGUGUCUGCUCGAUUCAGAGCACUCGGUUGGAAUACGAUUACAGUCGAGAACAUUCACAGUGAUCUUAAAUCUUUCAAAGAUGCACUACAUUUAGCUUUCAAUGAGACCGAAAGGCCUACUUUCAUCAAGGUGAAAACUCUGAUAGGGAAACUGUCAGGAAAAGAAGGGACGUCCAAAGCACAUCAUGGGACCUUCAAUGAAGAAGAUGUAAAGAAGAUGAGAGAGAGAAUCAAUUGGGGUUGCCGAGAGCCUUUCCAUGUCAUCCCGAUGUUGCAUAGGGAAAUGCAAGAACAGAUAGAUAACGGAGAGAGACUUGAGAAAGAGUGGUACUCGAAGCUGUACGCGUACCAAAGCAAAUACCCUCAACAUGUAGCAGAACUUCGAUUGCUCCUUAGCAAUGGUCUGCUUCCGGGAUGGGAAAACUUGUUGCCGAAAUGGAAUAUGUCUGAUCCUGUGGAUGCUACUCGUGGUUACUCAGACAAGUGCCUGAACCAUCUGGCUAAAGUCCUCCCAGGACUGAUUGGAGGAAGCGCUGAUCUUGCCACCUCGAACAAAGCUUACCUCCACGAUCACGGCGAUUUCCAGUCAAACUCCCCAUGGGGCCGCAAUAUCCGGUUUGGAGUCCGUGAGCAUGCGAUGGGUGGGAUCUCGAACGGGAUAGCGUUGCAUGGGAGUGGCCUGAUCCCAUUUGCGGCCACUUUCCUAAUCUUUUCUGAUUACAUGAAGAACCCGAUACGCCUUUCCGCUUUGAGCCAUGCCGGAGUCAUAUAUAUCAUGACCCAUGACUCAAUCGGGCUCGGGGAGGACGGGCCGACCCACCAGCCCGUGGAGCAGCUUGCAGGCCUCCGAGCCAUCCCCCGUCUCCUGGUAUUUAGGCCUGCAGAUGGAAACGAAACUGCUGGGGCCUAUAAGGUAGCUGUUAAAAACCGAGACAGGCCAAGUCUGAUCGCGCUGUCCCGACAGAAGGUACAGGCAAACUUGGAAGGAACAGUGUCGGAGGAAGUCCAGAGAGGCGGAUACGUAAUAAGCGACAAUUCAGGCGGACAAUUGCCUGAGAUCAUACUAAUUGGUACUGGGUCAGAGCUGUGCCUCUGCGAGAUGAGUGCGAGGAAGUUGAGAGAGGGCGGGAGGAGGGUGAGAGUGGUGUCGCUGGUCUGCUGGCGGCUAUUCGACUGGCAGCCGAGGGAGUACAAGGAAAGGGUUCUUCCCUCGAACGUGAUAAAGAGGGUGAGUGUGGAGGCCGGAUCGCCUGUCGGGUGGAGGGAGUACGUCGGGAGGGAAGGAGUGGUGAUCGGGGUGGAUGAGUUUGGAGCAAGUGGGCCAUAUUCGGAGGUCUUCAAGAAGUUCGGUUUCACCGUUGAGAAUGUUACAAAGGUUGCAGAAACUCUGUUAUGCAAGUAGAGGACUGAUGGUACUUUGUAGUAUGUACAGUUAAGUCCAAUAAUAAGGAGUUGUAUUUCCGGGGCUAACGCGAGUGUAUCGACUGUACUUUCCGAGACAAUAGAUCUUUGAUCUGUACAUAAACCUUUCUUCUUGUGGAUAUCAGCAAAGUGAUCAUUUUGGAACCAAACAUCGAUAUUUGGGGGAUGGAACAUUUCCCUCUGCAAUACACUCGAUGCUGCAGAUGUUGCAGGA